AUGUGGAGUAAUACCUUUUCGCUAAUCGGCGCAGUUUUCAGCCACAUCCUUGGCGCCGUGGCCCGUUUGUCGUUUGGCGCCCUCGAGAAUCUCAGCCAGUGGCAGUGCGGACAACAGAUCGAGGAGACGCGCAACAAACACCCCCAUCGGCAGCAGCAGCAACAACCAGAAGAGGGAGGGGGAUCCACAACUCGAGGCAAUGUGCCGCUGCCGUCUUCACCCGCCGAUGGCACUGAAAUGUGUCACCGGCAGGCCGUUGCGGGGCUGACGCUUCUCAGCCAGCGCGUGCCGAGUCUAAGAAGUGGUUAUCACCGCCCGACGUUGCAGUCCAUCUACGGUCAGCCCUUCACAUCGCCUGAGGCACAGAGACUGUGUAGAGAGGUAAUCGUUGGAAACGUUUGUCUAUACCGUGUAAUGUCGAGGGGUUCGGCAACGACAAUGACGAACGUAGCAGCAAGAGAAAAGGCAGCGGCAGAGUCACGUCAGAGCACGGCUUAUGUGCGCCAUGGGAACUCUGCGUCAGAUGACAUCCCUUUGCUUGUGUGGAUAGUGAUGCCUUGUGAGACUGGGUCGCAAGUUGUUCUUCGAUUUGUCCUUCGACUUGCACAGUCGUUGUGUUGCGAUGCACUCUUCGUGACAGUGCCGAUGGAGGAUGCGCGUAGCCCGCAAUGGACGGUAGCAGCUCUUCUUUCUAUGAUAGAGACUGGGCGGCGGAAAACGCAGGCGAGACGCGUUUUAAUUGGUGGAAACGAUCUCGCCGCAAUGUUUGUGCUGCUACUGUUGGAGCACCGAUGUCCACUGCUGCACGUGGGUGCCUUUGCUGCCGCGGACCCCGAGCUAGCACGGCGCGCGCUCUGCCAGGGCGUAAUUCUUGUAGACCCUUUUGUUGGCUGGGAUAUGUCGCAAGCGUUGCGCGUCAACCCGGCGGGUCCCUCCACUAACCAAGACGCUCAGAGUGCUUCUAGAGGUCAUGGGUCGGUGCAACAGAGCCAGCAGCAACAGUCAUCCGCAUCUUCCCUGACGGCGAAGGAGCGGCUCAUGCAGGUGGUAAUGGAUAGCAGCAGCGGCCACAUCCAGGAUUGGUUUCCCGCACCCAUCACAUAUGAGGCCCCGCCAAUGGUGGUACUCGUUGAUGAGGACGGCUUCUGGCUGCAGGAACAGUGUGGCUUCAACGCGCGUGUUGAUCGCUUCGGCAUCGGGGAGAAUNUGGUACUCGUUGAUGAGGACGGCUUCUGGCUGCAGGAACAGUGUGGCUUCAACGCGCGUGUUGAUCGCUUCGGCAUCGGGGAGAAUGUGGAGCGUGUAUUCUUUCUGCCUUAUGUAGUUGAAACAGCGGCAGCAGGAAGGCUGGUGUCACGGAGCACACAGAUUGAGCUGGACCGAUUGUGGCGCAUGGUGGAGAAGUUCCUUGCUGAUCAGCUGUUACAGGAGGAAGCUCACGCAACUUCAGCCAGCACUGGAGCCACAGCAGCUGCAAGCUCGAGAGUGCGACGGCGUCUGCGUGAGGGCGAGGCGACAUUCAUGGCCGCCUUUGCUCAUUGA